AUGGGUUAUGGUGAAUAUGUUUCCUGUAACUUUUACAGAGAGAUUCGGAAUACCAGAAGCUUAACUUACAUAGAGCCUGGGGCCCUAAAAGAGCUUCCCCUUCUGAAGUUCCUUGGCAUUUUCAACACUGGACUUAGAGUGUUCCCUGACCUGACCAAAGUUUACUCCACUGAUGUAUUCUUUAUACUUGAAAUUACAGACAACCCUUACAUGACUUCAAUCCCUGCGAACGCUUUUCAGGGACUGUGCAAUGAAACAUUGACAGUGAAACUAUACAACAAUGGCUUUACUUCAAUCCAAGGACAUGCUUUCAAUGGGACAAAGCUGGAUGCUGUUUACCUGAACAAGAAUAAAUACCUGACAGUUAUUGACAAAGAUGCAUUUGGAGGAGUAUACAGUGGACCAACUUUGCUGGAUGUCUCUUAUACCACUCUUACUGCCUUGCCAUCCAAAGGCCUGGAGCACCUGAAGGAAUUGAUAGCAAGAAACACUUGGACUCUAAAGAAACUUCCACUUUCCUUGAGUUUCCUUCACCUCACACGGGCUGACCUUUCUUACCCGAGCCACUGCUGUGCUUUUAAGAAUCAGAAGAAAAUCAGAGGAAUCCUCGAGUCCUUAAUGUGUAAUGAGAGCAGUAUUCGGAACCUGCGUCAGAAAAAAUCUGUGAAUGCUUUAAAUGGCCCCUUCUACCAAGAAUAUGAAGAGGGUCUGGGUGACAGCAGUGCUGGGUACAAGGAAAAUUCCAAGUUCCAGGACAUCCACAGCAACUCUCAUUAUUAUGUCUUCUUUGAAGAACAAGAAGAUGAGAUCAUUGGUUUUGGCCAAGAGCUCAAAAACCCCCAGGAAGAGACCCUACAGGCCUUUGACAGCAGUUACGACUAUACCGUGUGUGGGGGCAAUGAAGACAUGGUGUGUACCCCCAAGUCAGAUGAGUUCAAUCCCUGUGAAGACAUAAUGGGUUACAAAUUCCUGAGAAUUGUGGUGUGGUUUGUUAGUCUGCUGGCUCUUCUGGGCAAUGUCUUUGUCCUGGUCAUCCUCCUGACCAGCCACUACAAACUGACUGUCCCACGCUUUCUCAUGUGCAACCUGGCCUUUGCAGAUUUCUGCAUGGGGAUGUACCUGCUCCUCAUUGCCUCUGUAGACCUCUACACUCACUCUGAAUACUACAACCAUGCCAUCGACUGGCAGACGGGCCCUGGGUGCAACACAGCUGGUUUCUUCACUGUCUUUGCCAGUGAGUUGUCAGUGUAUACACUGACAGUCAUCACCCUGGAGCGCUGGUACGCCAUCACCUUCGCCAUGCGCCUGGACCGGAAGAUCCGCCUCAGGCAUGCAUAUAUCAUCAUGGUUGGGGGCUGGGUUUGCUGCUUCCUCCUUGCCCUGCUGCCUUUGGUGGGAAUAAGCAGCUAUGCCAAGGUCAGCAUCUGCCUGCCCAUGGACACCGAGACUCCUCUUGCCCUGGCAUAUAUUAUUCUUGUUCUGUUGCUCAACAUAGUUGCCUUUAUCAUCGUCUGCUCCUGUUAUGUGAAGAUCUACAUCACAGUCCGAAAUCCCCAGUACAACCCGGGGGACAAAGACACCAAAAUUGCCAAAAGGAUGGCUGUGUUGAUCUUCACUGACUUCAUGUGCAUGGCCCCAAUCUCAUUCUAUGCUUUGUCAGCACUUAUGAACAAGCCUCUCAUUACUGUCACCAACUCCAAAAUCUUGCUGGUUCUCUUCUAUCCACUUAACUCCUGUGCCAAUCCAUUCCUCUAUGCCAUUUUCACCAAAGCCUUCCAGAGAGAUGUGUUUAUCCUGCUCAGCAAGUUCGGCAUCUGUAAACGCCAGGCUCAGGCAUAUCGGGGCCAGAGAGUUUCUCAAAAGAACAGCACUGGUCUUCAGGUCCAAAAGGUUACCCAGGACAUGAGGCAAAAUCUCCCCAACAUUCAAGAUGCCUAUGAACUGCUUGAAAACUCCCAUCUAACCCCAAAUAAGCGGAGCCAAAUCUCAAAAGAGUAUAAGCAAACAGUUUUGUAAGCUGACAGUGGUACAGGGACUUAUAAAAAGUUGGUUUCCUGAACAUGCAUUCCAACCCCAUGACGUACAACACACAGCUGACCUAACCCUUGCGCAGGUGAUGUUUCACAGGGCAAGAGUUCAUCUCUGGAGACGGACUAGCAUUAACCUAAUCAUCACCUCCAAGAAGAAAGAGAGACUACCAGCAUGUUGACAUCAAAACAAUCUAUACUUUCUGGAAGAUUUGCUUUAUGCUAAGUUCAGAGAUGACAUUGUGUAAAGUGCUCAACAAAUAUCAACUGAGCCAUGUCAACAUUGAGCUCCUCAUUUUUAUAAAGCAUUUCGUGGUAAAUGCUAUUAACUUGGUUGGUGACCACAAGAUAAAAUUGGCCUCAUGUUGGCUCAGCCCAGCUUCAUGUUCCCUGAUACAACCAAAGAGAGUCUGAGUUCCUUGAAACUGAAAAGUCAAACGGGACGUCAGGCAAGGUGCAGCUAUUAGGAGACAUGAAGUGGGGGAAACACUUAGCUUUGAGUUGUUUUUUCAGACUCUGAAAUUUAAUCAUCUCUUCACAAGGAUCUACCUGAUGUGACCCAACUGUUAUGUGUUGCCUGGAAAAACUGGCAAGAUUUCAGCUUAUGUGGCUGAAAAAACUAAGAAUUGCUCUUCUUGGCUAGUCUGAUAGCAAAAAAAGAUGUGAACUCUAGAAAGUAUUUCUAAGUAGCAACAAGAUGGAAUUAUGAGCACACUAGAUCACCUGUUGAUUAAUAAAGCAGGCUGGAUACUAGUUAACUGUUGGACCUUGGGCAAAUCGCUGGACCCCUGAAGUCUGUAGAAAGGAGGGAGCUUCAUGGCCUCUUCAAGUUUUAAAACUCUAUGUAUAUCCCUUUCCCUCAAAACAUAUGUUGUCAUAACAAAGAGAAAGAAAAGCACUAAAGAAGCAGAAUCUCUUUUUCCUGUCUUGUAGAGAUGCCAUCUCCUUCUCUUUGGAGCCUAGACAUAUGACCUAGGAAAUUUUUUCUUUGUUUAAUUUUCUUUUGUCGGUGAGUAAGAUUGGCUCUGAGCUAACAUCUGUUGCCAAUCUUC